CCCGGCCGGGCACAUCCCGAUCCCGCUCCCGCUCCCGCUCUCCAGCCCCAGCCCGGGCAGUGCCGCCGGAGCCGCGGAGCGCUCGGAGCGGGCGCCGCGCUCCCACAUCCGCACACGCCGCCUCCCGCAAGCCCGCGGGGGCAGCGCCGCCCGAGGGACAGCCGGCGCGUUCCCCGGCGCAGGAAGUGGCCGGUCCCGCCCGGAGCGGGGCCGCGGCCGCCCCGCCCGCCCCCGCGCCCCGCGCGCCGCAAGAUGCCGAAGAAGAAGCCCGGGCCGAUCCAGCUGAACCCCGCUCCCGAUGGAUCCGCCGUGAACGGCACCAGCUCUGCCGAGACGAAUUUGGAAGCCCUUCAGAAGAAGCUGGAGGAGCUGGAGCUGGAUGAGCAGCAGCGCAAGCGCCUCGAAGCCUUCCUGACCCAGAAACAGAAGGUGGGGGAGCUGAAGGAUGAUGACUUCGAGAAGAUCAGCGAGCUGGGAGCAGGGAAUGGUGGUGUGGUCUUCAAAGUGUCCCACAAGCCCUCUGGGCUCAUCAUGGCAAGGAAGCUGAUCCACCUGGAAAUCAAGCCAGCCAUCAGGAACCAGAUCAUCCGGGAGCUGCAGGUCCUGCACGAGUGCAACUCCCCCUACAUCGUGGGCUUUUAUGGGGCCUUCUACAGCGAUGGGGAGAUCUCCAUCUGCAUGGAGCACAUGGAUGGUGGCUCCUUGGAUCAAGUACUGAAAAAGGCUGGGAGAAUUCCAGAGCAGAUCCUGGGCAAAGUCAGCAUCGCGGUAAUAAAAGGACUCACAUAUCUGAGAGAAAAGCAUAAAAUAAUGCACAGAGAUGUUAAACCCUCUAACAUUUUGGUAAACUCUCGAGGUGAAAUCAAGCUCUGUGACUUUGGUGUCAGUGGACAGCUGAUAGAUUCCAUGGCAAACUCCUUCGUUGGCACUCGCUCCUACAUGUCUCCAGAAAGGCUCCAGGGAACUCACUACUCCGUGCAGUCAGAUAUCUGGAGCAUGGGGUUGUCCCUGGUAGAAAUGGCUAUUGGCAGGUACCCAAUUCCCCCUCCUGACUCCAAGGAGCUGGAAUUAAUGUUUGGCUGCCCCGUGGAGGGGGAUUCUCCAGUCACAGAGACCUCACCCAGGCAAAGAGCACCGGGUCGACCGAUGAGCUCCUAUGGACCGGACAGCAGACCCCCCAUGGCAAUCUUUGAACUCCUUGAUUACAUUGUCAACGAGCCACCUCCAAAACUGCCCAAUGGUGUUUUUGGUUCUGAAUUUCAAGAUUUUGUUAACAAAUGUUUAAUUAAAAAUCCUGCUGAGAGAGCCGACCUGAAGCAGCUGAUGAUCCACGCUUUCAUUAAGAGGUCUGAAGCAGAGGAGGUGGAUUUUGCGGGGUGGCUUUGCUCCACCAUCGGCCUUAACCAGCCCAGCACCCCCACACACGCCGCCGGAGUCUGAGCUGGGGCAGCAGCUCCCGGGCUGUCCCUGGGGACAAAGAUGCUAUUCCAGUCCCAUUCCCUCAGCUUGUACCUGUUCAAACAUGUAUUUCACCUCUUAAGGAAGAAUGUCUUGAUAGCAUGUGCCAAAUGGUUUUCAACUUUGUCAUAAACUAAUUGGUAUCGUUUCGGGUCCCGUCCGUUCACCGCCCAAAACGUGAGCUGUGUGAGUUCAGUGCUUGCUGAUUUUAGGUGAUUAUGGAUAUUCUUUCUUAAUGAAAAUAUCACUGGGGGAGGGGGUUUGCCCCCCCAGCUGGUUUGAACUUUCUCAAGACUCUUUGUAAAUCGUUGGUACUUCAAUCAUGCUUUCCCUGAUCUCCCCCUGCAGAACGGGAUAGGGAUGCUCCCAAACUGUCUGUCGAGCUUUGCUGCUGCCCAGCUGUACCUGAAAGUUAAGCCUAAGGGUUCCAAUUGUGCUGUUUGUUCAGAGAUCUCUCUCUUUCCAGGUGAAGAAGGCAAGAGCUCUGCAUUUCUUGGAAUGUACAGGGCAAUAUUCUAAUUGUAGACUUGUUCAUAUUUCUAUAUUUAUUUUUCGAACAUAUCAUCAUCCUUGGGUUUAGUGAUGUUUGUCUUUCUAAUUGAUUUUUAAAAGUUAGUUCUUGGAAAUGUCCUAUGGAAUCAAGACAAUGAUCCAAGCACUUUGCUUUCUUUUAACCUAAAGAUUCAUGACAACUGUGUUUAGUGUCUAAAAUGUAUGAAGAUCCUCUAUUGUUUUAUUCUCUCAAGAUGUUUAGCAAUGGGUUCUCUUAAUAAAUAUAUUAUCAAGUAA